CUGUUGACGCUACUUAGUAGUAUAUCACGUCAACACGCAGGUAUGUACACACAUACGACGAGAUCGAAACCAUGGAGAUUGUCGAUGGCGCUUCACCGCCGUUGCAUCCAUGGAGCUUGCUGCUCUACGCGCUCGGCGCAUUGGCGGCGCUGUGGUGGGCGUGGCGGGCUCUCGACCGGUUCUGGCUCCGCCCGCGGCGGCUGGGCCGGGCGCUGCGGUCCCAGGGCCUCCGCGGCACCGACUACCGCUUCCCGUCCGGCUACCUGAAGGAGUUCGCGCGGCUGCUCGCCGCCGCCCUCGCCGCGCCCAUGCCGCCGCUGUCGCACGACGUCGCCUCGCGAGCGCUUCCGUUCGAACUCGCCGCCAUCAAGCAGCACGGCAAUGUUUGCGUGACUUGGUUCGGCCCGGAGGUGCGAGUGAUCGUGAGUGAUCCUAAACUUUUCCGAGAGAUUUUAGCGAACAAGAACGGGCGGUUCGGGAAGCAGAAGUCCAUUCUUUGGGUCCAGAAUUUGUUGGCAGAUGGGCUGACGAGCCACCAAGGCGAGAAAUGGGUCGCUCACCGGAGGAUAAUGAACCACGCCUUCCAUCUCGAGAAGCUGAAGAGGAUGUUGCCGGCGUUUGCAGCAUGUUCCAGCGAGCUGAUAAGCAGAUGGCAGGAUUCUGUGGGAGCUGAUGGUGCGCAGGAGAUCGAUGUCUGGCCGGAGUUCCAGAAUCUCACGGGGGAUGUCAUCUCCCGGUCGGCGUUCGGCAGCAGCUUCAGUGAAGGGAGGAGGAUCUUCCAGUUGCAGUCAGAGCAGGCACGAAACGUUAUGAAGAUGGCAAAAGCUUUGUAUUUCCCAGGUUACAGGUUUCUGCCUACAGAGCUCAACAGAAGGACGAAAGCAAACGCACGCGAGGUCAGAGAGCUUCUGAAAGGCAUAAUCACCAAGAGGGAGAGCGCGAUGAAGGAUGGCCAUGCGGUUAACGAUGAUCUGCUUGGAUUGCUAUUGGAGACCAACAUCAAGGAGAGCCAAGAAGCUGGAAGCUCCAAGCCAACCAUGACCACGAAGGACAUCAUCGAGGAGCUGAAGCUGCUCUACUUUGCAGGAUCGGAUACAACCGCGGUGUUGCUCACAUGGACAAUGGUCCUCCUAAGCAUGCACCCCGAGUGGCAGGACCGUGCCAGGGAGGAGGUGCUGCGCGUUUUCGGAAAGAACAGUCCAGAUUUCGAGGGCAUAAACCAUCUCAAAGUCGUGACCAUGAUAUUACACGAGGUUCUUAGGCUGUAUCCACCGAUCCUGCUGCUUGGCCGAGAGGCAUACGAAGAGACCGAGCUCGGAGGGGUCACGUAUCCACCGGGGGUGACAUUCGCGUUGCCGAUCGCGGGCAUCCACCACGAUCCAGACGUGUGGGGAGAAGACGUCGGCGAGUUCAAGCCGGAGAGGUUCGCGGAGGGCGUCUCCAGGGCGUCCAAGGACUCACCGGCGUUGGUUCCCUUCAGUUGGGGGCCACGGAUCUGUGUCGGCCAGAACUUCGCGUUGCUGGAGGCCAAGAUGGCGCUGAGCAUGAUCCUGCAACGGUUCUCGUUCGGGCUGUCUCCGUCCUACACGCACGCACCGUUCCCAAUCCCCACGCUCCAGCCACAGCAUGGGGCACAGAUUAAGCUUACUAAACUCUGAUCAUUUUAAGUAGCACUAGAUUAUCAAGCAUGUCGGCGGUUGAGCGGAGCCUGGCUCGAUCUGCUGCAGCCUCUGCUUUUCUGUUUUACUGUUUAGGAUGUUCUCAUAAAGUCUGAAGAAAGAAAAGGCGACGAUGUUGUGAUCAACUGGGAACUAUGCCGAUCGGAAAUUUUAAGGGAAUAAAUGAAACAUGUA